AGCCAGGGUGCCUCAGGGCAGGAAAGGCUUCUGCCGCGCCCUGAGGACCCAGCGCCCCUCCGAGAGCCAGGGCUGCAUUGCCAAUGCCGCUUGUUUCUGGGGAGAAAUCCUGACCCAAAUUCAGAGGAAGGGGAGCCGCAUUCAGUUGGGACAGGAAUACAGGCACUGCUGACUCUCAGGACCUUCUAGAAGGAGGAGCUGGGAUCCCACUUCCCAGGUUCUGCUGGAACCAGAGCCCCAGGUUGUCCAGAGAAACAUCAACUCUCCUCCCACAGGAUUAUGAUCCUCCCAACUGUGCACCAGAGACUCGGAACUACAAUGGCAUAGAUGCCACCAAAAGAAAAGAAGGAAGGAACCAAUUUUUUGGCAGAUACGGAACUGAGUCUUUGUGAAGAAGCUGAAGGCCUUUCUGGAUCAAUAAUAACAUUUUCUGGCUGCAGAACUUCCACAUCCAUAUCAGUUGACAAAGCCCUUUGGGAAUCAUGAUGAUUUUUUUCCGAUACCAGACAUUCAGAUUCAUCUGGCUUGCCAAGCCAACUGGCCGGUACCUUCACAAAGAUCAUCAGCUUUGGGCGCCUCUGACUCUUGCUGACUUUGAAGCCAUAAAUCGCUGUGAGAAGUCACUGCCUAAGAACUUUAACUUUGCUGGGGAUGUGCUGGACCAGUGGUCCCAAAAGGAGAAGACAGGAGAGAGACCAGCCAACCCAGCCCUGUGGUGGGUGAAUGGCAAAGGGGACGAAGUGAAAUGGAGCUUUGAAGAACUGGGCUUCUUGUCCCGAAAGGCUGCCAAUGUACUCACCAAGCCCUGCGGCCUAAAGAGAGGAGACCGAGUGGCCGUGAUCCUGCCCCGUAUCCCAGAGUGGUGGCUUAUAAAUGUGGCUUGUAUGCGAACAGGGCUGGUCUUCAUGCCAGGAACAACCCAGCUGAGAGCAAAAGACAUUCUCUAUCGGCUGCGAGCAUUCAAGGCCAAGUGUAUUGUGGCCAGUGAGGAGGUGGUCCCGGCAGUGGAGUCCAUUGUGUCAGAAUGUCCCGACUUGAAGACCAAACUCCUGGUGUCUCCAUGCAGCCAGAACGGGUGGCUCAGCUUCCAGGAAUUAUUUCAAUCCACCUCUGCAGAACACAGCUGUGUGGAGACAGGAAGUCAAGAACCAAUGGCCAUUUAUUUCACCAGUGGGACCACAGGUUCUCCCAAGAUGGCCCAGCACUCUCAGAGCAGCCUCGGAAUUGGCUACACCCUCUGUGGAAGGGAAUAAUUUGUGCUAAUCAGAAAGGACAAGAAAUUAAAUCAGGCUCUAUGGGGAAAGCAGUACUACCCUAUGAUGUCCAG